UUAUGCCUAGACUUAGGCCAGAUGUUUGUAGAGCAAUUUUGGCUACUUCUAUUAUAUGGAUACUUGUUGAUAUAAUUAUUCUUUUUUAUUAUCUUGAUAGAAGCCUUAUUGGUUCACAAUCAGAAAGGACGAUUAUGCCCCAAAAGGAACAAAUUUCUAAUGAUAUUAAAUCCAAUGAGAAGGAAAAAAUAUUAAGAAGACCAAAAAAUAGAGAAAUCGCCCUUCCAGAACAACCAAAAGAAGAGGACAAAGAAUUGGAAUUGUUACUUUCUCAAUUAAAUUUUGAUCCAAAUGGGCCAGGAGAAGGUGGAAAAGGGGUUGAAAUUGCUAAAGAAAAGGAAGAAGAGAAAAAAGAAAAGUUCAAACAAAAUCAAUUUAACCUUAUGGCAUCUGAUCAAAUUAGCGUUAACAGAACAAUUCCUGAUUAUAGAACUGAAAAAUGUAAAAGUCAGCCUGUCCCUGAAAAUUUACCGACAGUUUCAAUUAUAAUCGUUUUUCACAACGAAGCUUGGAGUACUUUAUUGCGAACUCUUCACUCUGUUGUUAAUCGAACGCCGCUCAAACUUUUAAAAGAAAUUAUUUUAAUUGAUGAUAAAAGUGAAAGAGCUUAUUUAAAGAAACCAUUGAAAAGAUACAUUAGAAGAUUCACGAUUCCUGUGCACUUGGUUAGAUUAAGAAAAAUUUUUUAA